AUGGCUAAAGCUACCAGCGAGGUCCCGAUCGACCCAGCGCUCGUUCCUCCUCUCGACGAGUCCCUGUUGACUUUGGACGACGAGGAGAAGAAAUUUCUGCACAGCUCUGUCACGCCAGAUGACGUUGAGUUGAAGAGGAGGAUAUUGGAGGUGCAGACAAGUGCCUACCAGCAACAACCUUAUCCAUGCAUCCGCGGCUUCCACUUUGUCAAAUUAUUCAUGCACACACACCCCGUCUAUCCGGAGGUUCUUACUGCGGGAAAAGCGGGAAGGACGAUCUUCCUUGACCUUGGAUGCUGCAUGGGAAACGAAGUCCGCAAGCUAGUCUGCGAUGGCUAUCCAAGGACGAAAGUCACUGGUAGCGACUUGCGCCAAGAGUUUAUUGAGCACGGUUACGGGCUCUUCCAAGACAAGGGCCAGUGUACUAUACACUUCUUUGCGUCCGAUAUCUUUGAAAUGCCGUAUCCGUUCCCAGCAGACCAAGCUCCUGCGGGGCCCCUCGACAUUGGGAAAGUGACAGAGAUGAAACAGCUGUACGGCAAGGUUGACCACAUCUACGCCGGGAUGUUCUUUCAUCUUUUCGACGAGUCGACUCAAUAUGCGCUUGCGUUGCGUGUGGCGCUUCUCCUGAAGCGUAAAGCUGGUACAGUUGUCUUUGGCAGACAUCAAGGCUUGGAGGAGGCGGGAUACAUCGACGAUCCUGUGAUAAGGUAUGACAUCCCGGAGCCUGAUGUCGUCUGGAUGGUCCUAAACCUUCCGUUUAACAGGCAGCGUUACGGGCAUUCCGUCAAGAGUUGGCAUCUGCUCUGGAAGAAAGUUUUCUCAGAGGUCGAGUCGCCCGAGUUCGCGGAGAGCAAGGUUGUUGUAGAAGCGAGCCUUUCUGAACCUUUUGAUCCCGACGUCCUUCGUGCGCACGGACCGACGAGGGUGCUGUUCUGGAGUAUAAAGAUCGUCUGA